GUGUGUGUGUGUGUGUGUGUGUGUGUGUGUGUGUGUGUGUGUGUGUGUCGCUGCUCAGCGCCUCGGUGUACCACACCGCUGUCAACGGACUGUGUGAGACGGACCUCGGUCGGCUUCUCCAGCGUCUCGUCUGGUUUUUUCUGCCUCCUGCUUCUGAUCCGCAAACACGUUUGAUCCGGAUCAAGAGAAAGAAACAGAGAGAGAAGGAGACAGAGGACUGGUUUCCAAACAGGAACGUCGUGAGCCUUGAAGUUUGGUGGAUUCUGGGGGUCGGUGGGAUCGCCGUGGUUUGGCUGCGGGGACUUUUCUGUUUUGGCAGCGCGUGACGUGGGGAUGUAGUUAUUACCGUGGAUGUGGGUGACUCUUCUUGCUGGAUUUAUUUUAUUCUUCGCACAGAUUUGUGUCAAUCAUUUCACUUUUAAUUACAAGCUGACACCCGUGGGGGCCCUCUGGGGGGGAAAAGCUCAGUAAAAUCCUCCUUUUGCCACUUUUACUGUGAGUUUUGAGUCACCUUCUCUGACUCCACAGCUGACGUGUUUUCUUCUUUUGCUUUGAUGAGACAUUGGGGUCAGAUCUCUGUGACCUGAGCGGACUCUGGGCGCUGUGUUCCAUGUCCGUUCUGUGGCCCCUCAUAAGCUCAGUGGCCCUCAGUCUCUUUGAACCUGACCCGCGGACAUGGGAGAGGCGACCCCCGCUCAGUCUGCUGCCGGGGGGUACGUCCCCAUGCUGGGUGUGGGUUUAGGAUCCGUGUCCGGUGGGGUCGGGACGGGCCCGGUGACCUCCAGGGGCCCCGCUGUCCCGCAGCUGCACAGCGACAUUGUGGAGCGUUUGCGCGCCCGCAUAGAGAUGUGCAGGAGGCACCACUCCACCUGUGAGAACCGCUACCAGAGGGGCCAGGCCGAGAGUUCGGACCGGGAGCACGAGAGCACCCUUCACCUCCUCAACAUAGUCCACCAAGGACCCGGCAACCGAAAGACCAAGGGCAGCCGGGGCUCGAACCAGCAACCUCCAGAGUACAGCAGGGCCAACGGACAGCAGAAAGGGUCGGAGGCGGAGCAGAAGGUUUCAACGCGCAUAGCGCUUCAAGGGUCUUUGCGAAGGAAAAUCGAGGGACAGGCACCAGGACACAACCCAAAGCAAAAUGGCCUCUCCUGUGGAUUCUCUGGAUCUGACUUCAAACGGGUCCGUGUGGACACGGGCGGUGUGGGACAUAGGCCCUGUAAUCAUAACGUAGUCCAGUCUCAGUCUCUGCAAGGGUCCUCAGCCAUGAACAUGCAGAGGAAGCACUACAUGAUGCCUCAUGGAGUGGGAUCAGACAUAUUCAACAUGACCUUGAAAGAAAUGAAGAAAGAGCCCAGUGAGGUCCAGUCUUGUGGCCAAUCGAGCACAGAGAUGAUUUUUGACUUCAAAGAUGAAGGCAGUGGCCAGAUCGACCCAGAGCUCCAGGAUCUGUUUGAUGAGCUGACAAAAACAGUACCCCCACUGAACGACCUAGAGUUUGAGAAGAUGCUAAAGCAGGACGACACAUUUGGAUUAGAUCUGGGUCGACCAAGUUCCGCAGGAGCAGCAGCCAGUAUCUGCUCUCCGAUGGAGAAGCCGAUAAAGAUGGAGCACUCCCCAGAUUUCUGCCACGCUCACAGCAGUUUGCCGCAGCUCCGGCCAGCCUCGGCGGGACCCUCUUUCACGUUGAGUGGCACUUCUCUGGGCACCUCUUCUCCCACCACUGCACAGAAAACUAACACUCAGACUGGACACCCCAGAGCCAUGCCAUGCUGGCCAGAAAUAUCCCACGCAGAGCAGCUGAAGCAGAUGGCAGCAAAUCAACAGCAGCCCAACUCUCUGCUGCAUCACCACCAGACGUCACCUGCAGGGCUGAGCAGCUGGGCUCCAGCCUUCAGCGCCCACUCAGCCAGCAGCUCUUUCCCUCAGGAGAAGGUCUCUGGUUCAGCCCCGAGCCAGCAGAGGAUCAGCUCCCAGACUAAAGGGAUCAACAACUGCCUCUUCAAGUCAAAUGGCCACAGUGGCUCCCAUCACAUGGACAUGAAGGUUCUCAGCAAGCCUACACUGCAUUUCAGCCCCAAAGCACCGCAGUCAAACAGCCAGCCAGUCCCCAUCAUGGCAAGCUCAGGGAACAACAGUUCAGGGCAGCAGCAGCAGCAGUCACCACUGACGGGAGCAAAUCAGCCUCCUUCAGCUCUCCACUUCCAGAACCAGCAGAUCUCUACGUGUGGGUCUUGCCUGCAGCCAAAAUCUGUCCCUCCUCAUGGAGCAGGGCUGCCAUUCAAACUGUCACAGCAGCGGCAGGGUAUUCCUGCCGGUCCAAGGUUGCCCACUAAUGGAAGUUUAGGCAUCAUGUCAGCGCAGUCACUGCCGCAACCUCCAGCACCCAACAAUCAGCAGCAGAAAGGCGCAGCGAAAACUCUGCAGAGAGCACCGAACCAACCGCAGCACAUCAUCAGCAACUCAGACAAAGACAAUUCACAUGAUCACUUCAGCCGUCAUCUCACAAGACCACCGCCAGACUACAAGCAAUCAAGGAAUAUAAUGGGAGUUCAACAAGGAAACAUCUUCACAGGUCAAAACACCUCCCAGUCUCCAAGUAGCGGCCCUGAGAAUGACGUACAUACUAUGUCUUGCAACCUCCCAUGUGGCCCUGGUUCAAAGAUAAGUCUAUCACCAACAGAUCACAGAUUUGGUGUUGGGAAUGACUGCCAUCCAAAUGCGUGUGUUGGUCAGUUCCAGCAGCAACACAAUCAGAGCAGAAUUGGGCUAAAUCAAAACAAACCCAGAUUUCUGGGGCCGAGCACACAAGGAAAUUCUUUUAGAAUGAAUAGCGUCGCCAGUGUACAACACUCAAGAUCGACAGUUGACCUGCAUUCCUCGGGGGUACUGGGACAAAGUCUCGGAGGUUUGAUGACAAAUGUCAACUUGAGUUGGGCCUCGGCCAACAAGCAAGUGACAACUGGGCUCAGUGUUAGGCGGCUCCCAAACCCACUCCAGUCUCAGGGUGUACAGCUGGACAUGGCGAACCAUCCCUACCAACAGAGGAACAUCGGCCCCCCUAACCAGGUAGCACCAGACAUCGGGAUGCUCCCUCUUAACCCUGCGUUAAGCGACAUAGGUUCCAGGCGGAGCCAACCAAUGAUGGGCUCUCCAACAGGACUUGGAAACCUGAACCAGUCCUCCCCAGAACAGAGGGUGCCGGCAGGGAACUUCACCGAGCCCAGUCCCAGUUCAAGCAGCUAUCAGAAUAACCGGGCCAACCGGCUGAUCUUUGACUUCCUCCCUGAGGGAGACAACACAGUUCCAGGGAUCAACACAGACUCUGACUUCAUUGACUCUCUGCUUAAGUCUGGCUCUGGGAAUGAUGACUGGAUGAAAGAUAUAAAUUUGGAUGAGAUUCUGGGCAGUCACACUUAGAUUUGGGUCACCAGUUGCUAAAAAUGGACCCACAGCUGAGAUUAUAGAGGUUAUGGAUGCAGGGUGUAAAGGGUAGCAUUUGUAAAUAAUGUUAAAAUGGAAUUUUAUAAACUUUGUUAUCACGCAUACUCUGAUGUUUUGUAUUGUAUUUACUGUGAAAGGUAUUUGUUUUCUGUCUUUAAUAGUCUGGAUAUUUUAUUUCUGGUAUGUUGACCAAGGAACUGAUUUUAUUUUCACUCACUGUUUUUUGUGCUCUGCCAGGCUCAUGCUGUAGUGCUCUCCUAUGAGACGAAAUACCAAAUUCACACUGUGAAAAGGAAACCUUGCUGUGCUGCGUUCAAGGUCAUUCUGACAUUCCCAGUCUUUCUCAGUCUGCAGCCACUAUUUAACAUGAUAAUGCGCCUUUUACCUUCACAUAUUUUGCUGCCAUGCACACUCUAUCUUGCAACAAAUGUUUUCUCACUUUUUGGUCAUGCUUUUUCAUCUGUGGUAGUUUUUGAUGCAACUGAAAUGGCGUAACCAUUAUUUUUUUUCCCCAUGUGAUAUUUAAUAAUUAUUGGGAUAGUAAUAAGACAUUAUAAUACAUGCUAUUAAUAAAAUUGAUUUAUUUGAAAUG